ACAGGGCAGGUACUGUCCUAAGGUCACUGAUGUAUUAGCUCUUUUAAUUUUGACAGCAUCCUUAAGGGACGGGUGAUUGAAGCGCUGGCUGAAAUGUGACAACUAGAAAGGGAUUUGAUCUCUGUCAACCCAGCCCUAGAACCUAUGCUCUUAACCUCUGCAUGAUGUUACAGGAUCUAAUUUUGUGCAGAAUGGACUCUGCAGCUUCGUGAUGCUGUCAGAUUUCAAGGACACAUUUGCAUUGCCAUUUGCAGACAGAUGACAUCCCCACAGAAUACUAACAUCUCAACACUUUCUCCAUUAUACUGUGCAAUGGAUGGCAAUUGCAGUACUGCUGGUAGGUGCUGAAGACCUGCCUGAGUGCGUUUGUGAUCCUCUUGGUCCCUCCUGUUCAAAGUGCUGGCAAGGGGGCUGCAAUUUUGUGUCAGGAAUUCUGGAGAGAGAUUUGGGCUGUUGCUAUAAAUUUGUGUAUUAUGUGUGUGUAACUGCUAUGCAAGGAAAUAAAUAGGGUAUCUUUGAGAAAUGAAGACAAUGACUGAAACAACUGGUAGUGUCCCCCAUUUGUAGCAUUGAUAGUGGAAUCAGCAGCUUGUUAUCUUUGAAGACAGACAUGGUCAUGACUGCCUUGGGCCAGCCUGUAUCGGUGGCUUCCCCUGAGCUUUUCUUUGAGUUGCAACCUCCGCGCAGAUAGCAGGAUCUGGAUUUGUUUUUGGUGAUAGUUUCGUUCUCACCCCUUCUGUUUGUUCCUUCUUUGCAGAUACUACUUGGAUGCUACAUUUUUCAUCCGGAAGAGGUGCACAUUAGAUUGCCCUUUGAGAUCUCAAAGAGGCAACUGCUAAUCUAACAUGAUGCUUGCACAUAAGGAGGUGGCCAAGUUGGAGAAGCACUUAAGGCUUCUCCGAGAAGAGUAUGUUAAGCUGCAGAAGAAACUGGCGGAGACCGAGAAGAAAUGCACUCUUCUGGCUGCACAGGCAAAUAAGGAAAGCACCAGUGAGUCCUUCAUCAGCCGCCUGCUGACGAUCGUGGCCAACCUGUAUGAACAGGAGCAAUACAGUGACCUAAAGAUCAAGGUUGGGGACAGACACAUCAGUGCCCACAAGUUUGUCCUGGCAGCCCGCAGUGACAGCUGGAGUCUGACCAACUUGUCUUCCACUGAGGAGCUGGACCUGUCAGAUGCUAACCCAGAGGUGACCAUGACAAUGCUCCGCUGGAUCUAUACGGAUGAGCUGGAGUUCCGAGAAGAUGAUGUGUUCCUUACUGAGCUCAUGAAGCUGGCGAAUCGCUUUCAGCUCCAGCUCCUUAGGGAGAGGUGUGAGAAGGGAGUUAUGUCCCUGGUGAACGUGAGGAAUUGCAUCUGCUUCUAUCAGACUGCGGAAGAACUGAAUGCCAGCACCCUGAUGAACUAUUGUGCAGAAAUCAUUGCCAGUCACUGGGAUGACUUAGGAAAGGAGGACUUCAGUAGUAUGAGUGCCCAACUAUUAUACAAAAUGAUCAAAUCCAAGACUGAGUACCCGUUACAUAAAGCGAUCAAGGUGGAGAGAGAAGAUGUGGUCUUCCUUUAUCUCAUUGAAAUGGAUUCACAGCUCCCUGGGAAGCUGAAUGAAGCGGAUCACAAUGGAGACCUGGCGUUAGAUCUGGCCCUUUCACGGCGCCUGGAGAGUAUUGCCACGACGCUGGUUAGCCAUAAAGCGGAUGUGGACAUGGUAGACAAGAAUGGCUGGAGCUUGUUACAUAAAGGAAUCCAAAGAGGAGAUCUCUUUGCUGCCACCUUCCUUAUUAAGAAUGGGGCCCGUGUCAAUGCUGCUACGUUGGGUGCCCAGGAGACACCGUUGCACCUUGUGGCAUUGUACAGUUCAAAGAAACACUCAACAGAUGUGAUGUCUGAGAUGGCACAGAUUGCUGAGGCUCUGCUCCAGGCUGGUGCCAAUCCCAAUAUGCAGGACAGUAGAGGCAGGACUCCUUUGCACGUGUCCAUCCGGGCCAGGAACGAGCAGGUGUUCAAUCAGCUGCUGCUCUGUAAACAGUUAGACCUGGAACUAAAAGACCACGAGGGCAGCACGGCCCUGUGGCUGGCGGUGCAGUACAUCACUGUGUCUUCUGACCAGUCGGUGAACCCCUUUGAGGAUGUGCCUGUGGUUAAUGGGACCUCCUUUGAUGAGAACAGCUUUGCCGCCAGGCUCAUCCAAUGUGGCAGCAACACCGACGCACCUGAUGCACUGACAGGAAAUUGUUUACUGCAGCGCGCAGCUGGAGCAGGAAAUGAGGCAGCAGCUCUUUUCCUGGCAACCAAUGGUGCCCAUGUCAACCACAGAAACAAGUGGGGAGAAACCCCACUGCACACCGCAUGUCGGCAUGGCCUGGCCAACCUCACGGCAGAGCUCCUGCAGCAAGGUGCCAACCCCAACCUGCAGACAGAGGAGGCUCUGCCUUUGCCAAAGGAGUCCCAGGCUGGCUCCAUUGACAGUGUCUCUCUGCAGACACCACUGCACAUGGCGAUUGCCUAUAACCAUCCAGAUGUGGUAUCCAUCAUCCUAGAGCAGAAAGCCAAUGCCCUUCAUGCCACCACCAACAACUUGCAGAUCAUUCCAGACUUCAGCCUCAAGGACUCCCGAGACCAGACUGUGCUGGCCUUAGCCUUGUGGACUGGCAUGCACACGAUUGCAGCGCAGCUGCUGGGCUCCGGGGCUUCCAUCAACGACAGCAUGUCCAGCGGGCAGACCUUGCUGCACAUGGCCAUCCAGCGGCAGGACAGCAAGAGUGCGCUCUUCCUCCUGGAACAUCAGGCGGAUAUAAACAUCAGGACUCAGGAUGGGGAGACAGCCCUUCAGCUGGCCAUCAGAAAUCAGCUUCCGCUUGUGGUUGACGCCAUAUGUACCCGAGGAGCCGACAUGUCCGUGCCAGAUGAGAAGGGGGACCCUCCACUGUGGCUGGCGCUGGCAAAUAAUCUGGAGGACAUUGCAUCUACUCUGGUCAGACACGGCUGUGACGCCACGUGCUGGGGUCCAGGACCCAGUGGGUGCCUUCAGACACUGCUGCACAGAGCCAUCGAUGAGAACAACGAGGCCAUUGCCUGCUUUCUGAUUCGCAGUGGCUGUGAUGUGAAUAGCCCCAGGCAACCAGGUGCUAAUGGAGAAGGAGAGGAAGAAGCUCGAGAUGGGCAAACCCCCUUGCAUUUGGCAGCCUCUUGGGGACUGGAAGAGACGGUGCAGUGCCUUCUGGAGUUUGGUGCCAAUGUUAAUGCACAGGAUGCAGAGGGAAGGACGCCUGUCCACGUGGCCAUCAGCAACCAGCACGGUGUCAUCAUUCAGUUGUUGAUCUCUCAUCCUGAUAUCCACCUGAAUGUCCGAGACAGACAAGGGCUGACCCCGUUUGCCUGUGCCAUGACUUACAAGAACAACAAGGCAGCUGAGACCAUUCUGAAACGAGAGUCUGGGGCGGCCGAACAGGUAGACAACAAGGGUCGGAAUUUUCUCCAUGUGGCAGUUCAGAACUCUGACAUUGAAAGUGUCCUGUUCCUGAUAAGUGUCCAGGCUAAUGUGAAUUCCAGAGUCCAAGAUGCUUCCAAAUUGACCCCUUUGCACCUCGCCGUCCAAGCAGGCUCAGAGAUCAUUGUCCGCAACUUGCUUCUUGCAGGAGCCAAAGUGAAUGAACUAACCAAGCACCGCCAGACCGCCUUGCACCUUGCCGCCCAGCAGGACCUGCCCACCAUCUGCUCCGUGCUCCUGGAGAACGGAGUGGACUUCGCUGCUGUCGACGAAAACGGCAACAACGCUCUUCAUCUGGCCGUCAUGCACGGACGGCUCAACAACAUCCGGGUUCUCCUGACCGAGUGCACAGUGGACGCAGAAGCCUUCAAUCUGAGAGGCCAGUCACCACUGCACAUUCUGGGACAAUAUGGCAAAGAGAAUGCAGCAGCCAUCUUUGAUCUCUUCCUGGAGUGCAUGCCUGAGUAUCCUCUAGAUAAACCAGAUACAGAGGGAAACACAGUGCUCCUCUUAGCCUACACGAAGGGGAAUGCCAACUUGUGCCGUGCCAUCGUCCGGGCUGGGGCUCGCCUCGGGGUCAAUAACAACCAAGGAAUCAACAUCUUCAACUACCAGGUGGCCACCAAGCAACUGCUUUUCCGACUGUUAGAUAUGCUGUCCAAGGAGCCUCCAUGGUGUGAUGGCUCCAACUGCUACGAGUGCACCGCCAAGUUCGGAGUCACAACUCGCAAGCAUCACUGUCGUCACUGCGGACGUCUUCUUUGCCAUAAGUGCUCGACCAAGGAGAUUCCCAUUAUAAAGUUUGAUCUCAACAAGCCAGUGCGUGUUUGCAACAUUUGCUUUGAUGUGCUGACUCUGGGUGGGGUCUCUUAGUGUGCCCUGAGGAGGUCCGAGCCAUGACCUCGGUCCUCGCCCCAGCAGCUGCUCUGCUCACCAGCCUGCCCCCCGCCCAGAGCAGGCACUGGCAGCCAUCCUCCUGUGGCAAUAGACUGGAACAGUGGCAGAGCCCAGCGCCAUCCUGGUGCAGACGAGUCUGUGUGAUUGUCAGUGUGUCAGACUGUAAUCAGGUUUAUUUUGAUGUCUCAUUCUUGGACCAGGCCAUGUGGCCUCCGUGGUGGAUGUGAUAGACAGUAGGCCCCCGUCUGCCAGCAGCCUCCAAGGAUACGCCGAAUCCAUGGUCCCUUCCCCAAGCCGGGCCAGCUGCUCCUGAGAGCCGGUAGCCCCUGGCCCAGUGGCGGUGGACUUCUCUGUGGAGUUUUCACAAAGAUGAGUGGGACCUUCUGCCCUGGAGUCUUCCUCCCCCUCCCCCACCAAGCUGAGCUGUAUUUUUAGUGAGCUACCCCUUUUAAAAAGCGAAAUCUUUCUAAACAGGGUUCAAAAUUGAGAGCUAACAAAUCGUGGCCUUAACAGCAGAAAGCUUUACCAGUGUUCAUGCUACCAAGGUGUCCACUGUGCCACUGGGCAGCCUGAUGUCUCUGAGCACCGUCUCCCCUCGUCCUCUGGUGUCCCGUCUGCGGCCUCAGUCAGUCAGCCUGCCACCAGGGUGUAUGUGGUGGCGGGGAGGGUGGGGGCAGAUGCACUUUGAUUGUGCUGCACUUUUGACAUAGAUGCAUUGUUGGUGAUCCUGGAUUUCCAGAAAGAACCCUGCCCAUCCUGGCCUCUGUGACUCUAACAUGCAGCUUGGGCUCCUGUAGUGUUUUGGAGCAAGGGAAUCAUGCUGGCCAGUGGCACGAGGGGGGCCUCAGUGAGAGGGCAGCGCUGAGGCGGGGGGAGCUGUCUCCUUGAUGCACACCUUUCUUGCUGAAGCCCCUCCUCCUGCCAGGCGGGGCCAGUAGCUCCAACACUGCCUGGCCUCCCGUGCCCCGUGUGCCCAGCCCGUGUUGGAAGGCUCUGGCUUGGCAGCUCAACGAGGCCUCCAGAGCUUGUGGGGCCUUAGUUGCUGCUAGUAUGCACGUUACCCCUGCAGUGUUCAAUUUUAAAGGUUUGGCAAGUUUUUUUAAAUGCGCAAAGAAACUUAUCAGUGCUUUUCUAAAAAAAUAGAAUUCUGAGAUGGACAAUGUGUUAGUUCUACUCAGAGGUCAAUGAUCUGAAUCAUACAUUCUGAUUUUUUUAGACAUUUAAUAACCACUACAUUUUUCUUAACAUUAAUGAAGUAUGGAUUUAUGUGUGUAGAAGGGACUUUUUUCCCUAGCAGCCUAUGUUUUUUGGUUUGUUUCUUUUUGGAUAGUGGUAUUCCCUACAUGUUGCUGUAGAUUUAUAUAUUCUGUUGCCUAAAUAAGUGCGUCAAAUGAGCUGACAGAUAAGAGUGCUACUUUUAAAAAUAAUUAUGUGAUUUAUGAGAUAUAUAUGCUUUCUAUGUCAAUAUGAGCUUGUGUACAAUGCUUAAAACAAUUAGAAGAGUCCCCUUGUCCCCACAGCUGUGGCAUAUUUCAUGUAGGAUUUUUAUAGAAAAACUCAAUCUCGGCAAACACUUGCCAUGCGAGACCCAUGACCAGCUUCCAUUUUCUGUCCUGUGACAAGGGCCACAGGAAGUGUGGCUUCCUUGGGUAGCUUGAUCCUUUCAUUACAACGAGAGCAUUCUGCUUCAGGUGGGAACUGAGACGGGCAGCCUACACAGCUGUUCUUGCUUCAUUCUCCCUUGCCCUGGCACACCCAUCUGACAGUCUGCCCUCCAGCUGUAGCUGCAGGCUUCCCCUCUCCUGUGUCCUCCGAGCACAGGGACAGCAGUGGUCCUGAGUGCCUCAGCUGGGAGAGUGUUCCAAGUUCUGCACUGGCUGCAGAAUGCCAGCUGGUCUUAGGAAAUCUCCCGUCUCCAAUGCAGCCCUGACUGGCACCCGUGGUGGGAUUCAACCAUCACUGCCCUGGUAGGGACUCGGCACACCCGAGUCCCUUAACUACCUAGCCAUCCCUGGUCAGCUUUCAGCAGCAGUUUCAGUGCUAGCAGCAACGACUUUAAUUUUCUUCAUUCAGAAAGUUGCCACCUGUCAGUAGAGCAGGAAGAGCAGCCUUGACAACCUUGCUUCAGCGCAUUCGCUUUUGCAUUGCCUCUUGCUCCUCAUCAGACUUCCCCACACCAUGUAUUCCCCACAGGCUUUUCCUUUUUAGACAGAGGUACCAACCACAUUCUGCUGGUGGGAUGGGAUGGUCUGCGCCCCACUGCUGUGAUCCUCGAACACAGCACCGGCCCACAAACUUAAGUGCCUACAAUUAGGACUGACUUCCAGCCGUCUUCCCAGUGGUGUCUCACUACAUGAUGUGUUGCCGUGUUCCAUUGGAGGCUUCUGCCUGUGCAUUGUCAACCCCAGCUAUCAUUCAAGUCUCGAUUAGAUUGCUGGGUUACCUGCCACAUUCUCUCCAAGGAGUGGGGUCCACAUGCCCUGUAGUCCUCUACCUCAGAGCCCUGAGUCAUCUCCGAGCACCCCAUUCUCCUCGCUCCACUCCCCGUGUCUCGUCCCCGCGUGCAUGUGGUUCUGCAGGUCUUCCCAGUCCUUGUCCCAUACCUGUUGUAUUGAGCCAUCACUGCACAAAUCUUGACUGAGCAUGGCGUGGAGAAGGUCUUAGGAGGGAGGAGGGCCACUGCCUCCACGGGGGCAUCUUGGAUCUAGAGAAAGCAAGCUUCUGAACUGUGUUGUGUGGAGACCCAAAAGGCAACAGAACAUGAACAAAUACUUCCGUUGGGACAAGCCCCCCGAGAGCCUUCAAAGCCCCUGUGUUGCCUGCGCCCAGCAGGAGAGGAUGCGGCAAGGGAGCAGCUCCUGAACGGAUGUGACUUCGUGGAGCACCAUCUGACAAGGUAUAAACUACAACACUGAAAUUCCCAGAAGUUCUAGCUGCCUUAAGACUUUCUUUGGAAGAUCAUUGUGUGUACAGUCCCUUUUGUGUGUGGCAUAAAUAAUAUACUAACCUGUUACAACUGGUGAUAGUGGUUUUCCGUAGCUAGGGAAUCUUGAGUCAGGACUGUUCGACUGCUGACUUGCCAGGUGGGCAGAUAUGUGGCACCAAGAGGGAGGGCAGUGGCUGGGCAGCAGGUGUGGCCGCUAGCCCACUGGAGCCGUGCUUGGUGUGUGGAGAUGCACCUUGAAGGACCAUGGCGCUUUAAUAGCAAUGUUUGCUUGGAGUCCAUGUAAUGGAAUGUAUUUUUCAGAUACUGAUAUUUGCAUUUUCUGUAACAAUUCCUUAUAAUAAAAUAAUGUAAAAUUGUG